AAUCGUGUUUCAUUUCGUUCUCCGUGCGGUGCGUGUCGCUGUCAGCUUGUGACAGGCUGAGAAACAAUUUUUCGAAUUUCUGUGCCUUUGUGCGGGCCAAUUUCAUUCUUUGUUUGUUGUGUUUGUACCUAGAAAUAAAUCAAAUCUUACAUUGUUAUCCUAGUUAUAAUUUUGGUGCUGUGCAUGUGUUAUUAAAUUAAAAAGUCGGCUGUACAACAGCUGAUUGUUGUGAAUAUUUUAAUUUCGAUAACCUGAAAGGCAACACAACUCCCUAAAUGGUUAAGUAGUUAACUGUAUGUUUAGAUAGCUGUGAUACGCAGCCGCGAUAAGUGCCAAAUAUAUAAAUUAUAAAUUAAUUUGUAAGCUAAUCAAUAAUGGAUCCUGGGUAUUUUGAUAUUGAGAGGAAGCAGAACCCGAGAGAAACGGCUAGUUUCCUAUCCAAGUUUUGUUUUUGGUACACAAAGCCGAUUUUCGCGAAAGGCAGGAAAGGACAGCUGAGCAUAUCAGAUGUUUAUAGAUGUACACCGGGACACAAGGCGGCGCCGCGCGGCGACACUAUGGGCGCACAGUGGAGGAAACAGUUGCAGAAAAAAGAGAAAGGCAAGCAGCCGUCCCUGCUGCGUGCCAUAAUCCGCACGCACGGGACCAAAUUCAUCAUAGGAAAUAUUAUAUACGCCAUACUAGAUGCAUCUAUUAGAUUAUCAAUACCAAUGUGCUUAGAAGGUCUAAUCAACUACUUCUCCCCGUCGCACGCCGGCGUCAAAGCGAACGAGGCGUAUCUAUACGCUGUCGGCGUAGUGGGGCUAAUGGCGCUGAGCGCUAGUCUAGUACACCCCAUGCUGCUGUGGCUGCUCGACAUGGCCAUGAAGGUGCGCGUCGCCUGCGGGUCGCUCAUUUAUAGAAAGCUACUCCGUCUAGAUUUAACCAAAGGAGGGAAAGCCUCGGAGGGUCUAGCGGGUCACGUAGUCAACCUGCUGACGACGGACGCGCAGAGGUUCGACAUGGCCUCUCUCUUCAUGGUGGACCUCGUGAGGACUCCGAUAGAGAGCACUCUCAUUGUCUACCUCAUGUAUCGGCAGAUUGGGGUCGCUACCCUUAUAGGGGUCGCGUUCCUACUCAUGUUUAUACCUUUACAAGGUUACCUAGGAAAAAUAUCUAGUAAAUUGCGUCACCAGACGGCGAUACGGACGGACAACCGCAUCCGGCUGAUGAACGAGGUGAUACAGAGCAUCGAGGCUAUCAAGAUGUAUGCGUGGGAGAACGCCUUCGCUAGGAUUAUCGGCAAGGCGAGGAAAAAAGAGAUGAACGUAAUAAAAAAAAUGUCGUGGCUCCGAGCAGUGAUGAUAUCCUGCGUCAAAUUAAACACCAAAGUCGCCAUCUUGCUGAGUAUAAUGUCCUACAUAUCAUUCCAAAACGAAUUAACAGCUGCUAAAGUCUUCGUCAUAUUUUCGUACUAUGAGAUUUUGAAGUAUACUCUUGUGGAUUUCCUCCCUCUCGCGAUCACUUUUACCCUAGAGGCGUAUGUGAGUGUGAAGAGGAUGCAGGAGUUCCUCCUUCUCCCGGAGGUAGAUAACCAGGAUGGAGUGGAUCUGAUGACCAUUGAGGAGAAGUUCGUUCAGUCCAAUGGUGUUUUUGAGAAGAUUGGUAAUGGGCAGCAAGCGUACAUCAAGUCGGAGUCGAACCUCGAGCAGAUGAAGCCGCCGGUGCUGAUCGCCAUGAAGGACUACACGGCGCACUGGAAGAGCGUCGACGACGACGGUGUCGACGGCAAGAUACCCGCUCUUGAAGAUAUUAACUUGACUGUAAAACCGGACACGCUAACGACAGUAGUGGGCACCGUGGGCUCGGGCAAGUCGACGCUGCUGCAGGCGAUGCUGCGGGAGCUGACCCCCACCACUGGACACCUCCAUGUCCACGCCAUCGUGGCGUACGCGUCCCAGGAACCCUGGCUGUUCGAGGCUUCUGUCCGUCAAAACAUCCUGUUCGGCCAGGACAUGGACCUGCGCAGGUACAAGCAGGUGAUCAAGUGCUGCCAGCUCAAGACCGACCUGGAGAUACUCCCGCACGGAGACAAGACUGUGGUGGGGGAACGGGGAGCCUCCUUGUCGGGCGGGCAGCGCGCGAGGAUAUCGUUAGCGCGCUGCGUGUACCAGAACGCGGACGUAUAUCUACUGGACGACCCACUCGCCGCUGUCGAUGCUAAGGUAGCCCAAGCGAUAUACGAGGACUGCAUCCGCAACUUCCUGCGCGACAAGGCGACAGUGCUGGUGACGCAUCAUGUGCAGUACGCGAAACACGCGCACAACGUCUGUGUCAUGAGGUCCGGCAGAAUCGUAGCCCAAGGCACAUACCACGAGUUGAAGAAUGGGGUAGCAGAGUUCGAGAAGUUGAUAGAGAUGGGGGAGAAGGUGGAAGAAGAGAAACAGAAGCAGAAGAGUUAUGAGAACACUGAGAGUGUGGAACACAGUUACAACAAGCUCCGGUCCCAGAGGUCUAUGUCUGAGGCGUCACAGCUGUCUUUCAACCUAGAUCUAGACAAUAAUCUAGAUCCAAAAUAUGAAGGUGAGAGCCAAAAGAAGGGUUCUGUGGACAACAGCGUGUACGUGGCGUACGUCCGCAGCGGGGGCAGCUCGCUGUCCAUGGCGCUGCUCAUACUGCUGUUCCUACUGGCGCAGUUGUUCUACUCGUCCACCGACGUAUGGCUCAAGGAAUGGGUAAACUUAGAAGAAGCGAACAGCGCGUUGACCGUAGCUAGCGCCGCGAAUGCGACACAAACGACGAACACUACUGGGGAAACUCCUGUCGUGCCGCCGGCGACAAGCUUCGAAGACAUACCUUCGAACCGCUUCCACCUGACCCGAGAACAAUGCCUGUACAUCUACGGCGGAUUGAUAGGCAUCUGCAUAGUGUUCACGUGGAACAAGCUGGUCAUAUUCUACAACACCUGCAUCAGGGCCUCCGUCACUCUCCACGAUAAUAUGUUCAGGGGAGUGACGAGUGCUCCGAUGUGGUUCUUCCACCACAAUCCUUCGGGCCGUAUCCUCAACCGUUUCUCCAAGGACAUGGGGCAGGUGGACACGUUGCUGCCGGUGGCGCUCGUCGACUGUCUCGGGUUCUUCCUAGAAGUGAUAGCGAUCCUGGUGGUGGUCUGCCUGGUGAACUGGUGGCUGUUGCUGCCCACGGGGGUGGUGGCCGUGCUGCUGUUCCUGCUGCGGGACCUGUUCCUCAACACCAGCAGGGAGCUCAAGAGGAUCGAGGCUAUUGCCCGAAGCCAAUCCCUGAACCACCUCCAAGCGACAGUAUCAGGUCUGACCACGAUCCGCGCCGCCCGGCAACACCAGCGCACCCUGGCGAGAGAGUUCGACAAGCAACAGGACCUGCACUCCUCGGCCUGGACCCUCGUCCUCAACACCAACAGGGCCUUCGGAUUCUGGAUGGAUAUGAUCUGCUGUCUUUAUCUUGCUUUUGUCACGUUCAGCUUCUUCUUGUUCGCGUCUGAAGACACACUAGGCGGCAACGUGGGUCUGGCCAUCACCCAGGUGAUAGGCCUGGUCGGCAUGUGCCAGUACGGGAUGCGGCAGACUGCUGAGGUGGAAAACCAGAUGACUUCCGUUGAAAGAAUACUAGAGUACACGAACCUGCCCCCCGAGAAGCCAGUGGACGUGGACAAAGAUGCACUGAAGAGGGAGCACCCGGCAUUGGACUUCGACAAGUGGCCCACGAAAGGCGAGAUAGUAUUCGAGGACGUGUCCCUGGAGUACGAGAAGCCGCCGGGCGCGGGCGGCGAGGCGUCGUACGCCAUCCGCGGCGUCAACUUCACCGUGCACGCGGCCGAGAAGGUCGCCGUCGUCGGACGGACCGGGGCGGGGAAGAGCUCGCUGCUCAGCGCAUUGUUCCGACUAGCCCGGGUGUCCGGCUCGGUCCGAGUAGACGGAGUAUCCGCCGGCACCGCCGGGCUGCGCGCGUGGCGCGGGCGGCUGUGCGCGCUGCCGCAGCGGCCCGCGCUGUUCGCCGCCACGCUGCGCGACAACCUGGACCCCGAGGGGGUCUACUCCGACGCUGACAUCUACAAGGCGCUGGAUCAGGUGGAAUUAAGUGACAUGGUAAGCAAGAUGCCCGCCGGGCUCAAUACCAAGGUGGGGGACGGAGGGGGGAACCUGUCCGCGGGACAGAGACAGCUGAUCUGUCUCGCUCGCGCCGCGCUCGCGGGCUGCAAGGUGCUAGUACUGGAUGAGGCCACUGCUAAUGUUGAUACUGACACGGACAAGCACAUCCAGCGCACGAUCCGCACGAAGUUCGCGCACAGCACCGUGCUCACCAUCGCGCACAGACUCAACACCGUCAUGGAUUACGAUCGUGUCAUCGUCAUGGACAAAGGUCGUGUAGUGGAGUCUGGGCACCCGUUCGAGCUGCUCACCCAGACCGGUGCGCCGCGGAAGGAUGACGCCGUGCCGAGGAACAGGAUCCUGUCUAAAAGUCAGGCGCCGCUCGCCAUCCCGGAGAACUUCACGUUCGAGCCGAGCACGGCGCAGAGCGACACGAACGAGACGCUUGUGCUCGCCCGGGACAGGAUACGGACCUACUCCGGACGGUCGGAGGUGUCGGAGCCUGAGAGCGGCGGUAUCUUCAAGACACUGGUGGAACAGACCGGGCAGGAGACUGCCGCACUGCUCUACAAAAUGGCUGAAGAGAGUUACAACAAAAUGCAAGAAUCAAAGAAGAAUUCGUGAAUAUAUACAAAAACGUACUAUUUCGAUACAUUCCUGCCCAGUGCCUUAACGCAGUGGUAGCGUGAUGUAGGUAGAACCAAUUAGAUAUACAACAUAAUAUAUGUACAGGAGUAUUUUUUACAUAAUUGUAAAAAACAACAUCCUAUGAAAAUGAGAAUUUAUUUAAAAGUUUAAAAAACAACUAGUUUUUGCACGCGGUUUUGUUCGUCUAUGUACUUCUACGUACUCUCAACUACACUUGGGAGCAAAGAAAUGAAGUUAUUAGCGUUUUCUUUUUAUUUAAAUUUACUCUCUUAUAACUUUAAACAAACAUAUUCGUUUUACAACAAAAUACUUGCUUACCAUCAGGUGAUCCGUCUGCUCGUUUACAUUAUAUUACAUAUAACAUAAAAAUACUUGUAUUACAAAAUAUUUAUUAAGAAAUGAAUAAGAAAAAACGCUAAUGCGUCCGUUUCUCUGCUCCCAAUUGUAUCAUUAUCAUCAACAGCCUAUAAGUGGCCACUACUGACCAAAGGCCUCUUCUCACACGGAGAAGGUUUGGUUUAAUGCCCAAUUGUAUGUGUAUGGAAUAUUUCCAGAAGAUAAUUGAGUAUAUAAAAAAGGUGACAAACUUACAUUCGCAUUUAUAAUAUGAAAUUAGUUGUUUUUUAAACUACAAUUAUGCAUUUAAUGUACCUAAUAAGGAUUGGUGAAUUAUCCUUGAAUUGAAUAAUAUGUGAAUUAUGAGAUUUCAUAAACAAUUAUAAUUUACUUAUAAUAAGAGUUAUUGGUUCUUUUUUUGCUCACUAGAUGGCGCUACGUAGUUUGAGGUCUGUACCCUUAGUACGAGUUUGCUUUACGUUUAAUGUAUUACCACAAAAUUGAGAGUCUUGUAACUAAAAUUCAGUAUAAUUUUAAAAUAUUUUCACACGAUCCAAACAAAUAAAUUCAUAAAACUGAAUGAGACAAAAAUAUAUACUCGUAUAUCUAUCUCACUCUUGCAAAUAGCAUACCUACACUACUAUUUGCUUCUUAUUUAUUCAAUA